AUGAGUUUGGAAGCCGUUCAGUCGUGUAUCCAAUGGGCCAAAACUAAUGGUGGCUCUAUUGAUGAAAGAAUAGAAUUCAAACUUGAUCAAUCCACAGGUCUCCACGCCAUCACAAAAUCUGCAAUUAAAGACAGUAAAGCUUUGAUUACAAUCCCUAAAGAAUUACUCAUUGUUGGUGGCUUAGCAGAAACUCAUUUCGGCAUCAAAAAUCCCAGCCAACAGAACCCCAAUGCCUUGCUGCAAUUGUAUGUUGCCAAGUUGAAGUUUGGGGAUGCUUGCCAGGAAGCAGUAUUUUACAAACCAUAUUUGGACCUACUCCCAAACACGGAAGACAUCAGUACCCCAUAUUUUUGGACCUCUGAAGAACUGUCUGCCUUAAAGGGUACCGAUCUACUGAUCAAAACAGAACGAAACCUCAAAAAAUUGGUCGGUGAAUGGUUUGAUGUGAUAGCUAAAGUAGACGCCGCAGAUGAAAACGACACGCAAUUUUAUUUACAAUCCUCGUCCAGCCCAAAUUUCAACGUAUCGGACCAUAUUCAGCACGCCGAGUCUCUCUCAUGGCACAGCUUUAGUGCGUACCUGUGGUCCACCUACAUCUUUUCGUCCCGAGCAUUUCCCGAACUGAUCUUCAAUGACAAGAGCUUGGAGAACGUUAACCAAGCUUUUCUAUUUCCAAUUGUGGAUUUGUUGAAUCAUGCGAAUGGAAAGAAAGUUAAAUGGCAUUGUGUUCCUCCCGAAAACGCUCUGACGUUUUCCACAGAUGAAAAGCUAGCUGCGGGUGACGAAGUGUGUAAUAACUACGGCGAUAAGUCAAACGAAGAACUUCUCCUUGGUUACGGAUUCGCCAUUCCGGACAAUGACUUUGACACUGCCACCUUAACGCUACGGCUACCGCCAGGUCAAAUUGAAUCCUUUCAAGUUUCAGGCUUGAAAUUGGAGGACAUGAAUUUGACGGAAAACUCUGUUAACUUUACAUUGAACAUGGCAACGCCAUUACCUGCUGAGCUGAUUGAAGCUUUUGGAAUUUUGAGCAAACUAACCUCAGAGCAAUCUGUUACAACAAGAAGCAUUUUGGAAGGUACAGCCCAAUUGAAUGAAAUCAUUAAUCAAAAGUUGGCUUUUUUCAAGAAGGCAUCUAAGCUGAAAGUUUCUUUGGGUAAUCCAAUCAAAUCUCAAUCGUGCAAGGCAUACUUGAGUGGGCAGAAAAAAAUCUAUCAGGAAGCGUCAGAUUUCAUUAAAAAGUAUCAAAGAAAGCAGGUCAAAGAUACGAAGCCUUGGUCUUUUAAAAAUACAUUCAAGGCCGAUAAAAGUUUCGUAAACAGUCUUACAUUGACUUUUGGAGUCACCAAGUAUGAGGAUUUGCUGACGAAGGGAUUCUUACAACAGGCUCUUCUUUUAUGGAUUGUGAGAGUUUCAAAUGGUGGGGUGGAAAGUUCCGUCCCCAAAUUUCUCGAGGAUUGUAUAAAGGAUGUUGCAGCAACAAUAGUGGUGGAAAAGGAAGAUGUACAAGAGUUUUUGCCAUUUUACAAGAGUAUGUUUCCUCAACUGUCGACUAAAAUUCCAGAAAUCUACGGCAAGGGCGACUGGGGAAUCAAAAAGUUCAUUAUCGCGGGAACUGUGAUAGAUAGAUUGGUAUGGACGUUGCCUACAUCUCAGGAAGCAUUUUUUUUCGAGAGACAACCAUUUAAAUAA